AUGCCUUCCCUCAGGAUGUCAGCAAAUAUCUUCUGGCAAGAUUGCCCCAUUGGCAAACUCGACAGGCAGAAACUGCUCAACCAGAAAGGCUGUGUUGUGUGGAUUACUGGCCUCAGCGGAUCAGGUUUCAUUAUAUUAUCACUCCUCUAAAAUGGCUCCUGCGUUGAAGCAUGUUUUAAGUUCUCAGAAGACCAGAUAUUUCGUUUUAAAUUUAGAUGAUAACCGUGUGGGGCUGUUAAUUCUUUGACAUAUGCGUGGAAAGUCUAUCAACGAAGUAGAUUGCUACCUGUUAUUUCUUUGCAUUUUGACCUUUCGGAGGACCGUCAAUGAUUCAAAGCAUAUUCCGAAGGGGUUUUUUCUUUAUUCUACUAUAUUCAUGAGCUCAGAUUGUCAAUAAAAAUUCCCAGGAUUAUUUUGUCAAAAAAAAUCUCUUCUCGAGUCAGAUAAACAACAGGAAGGAUGUUGGAUAAUCUUUGGCACUAGAAAAUAAUAAUACUAAGUAAGCACCUCAAAAUAAGGAUCUCCCUUGAGCAAAAACAUUUAAUAGGAAGAAGAAUCCAUACUGGCAGUACGAGUCUUCUCUAAAGCUGUGUUGCGGAGGCAGCUGAAUUUGUGGAGAACUGGGUAAUGCUUCUUUUGCGGAGGGAGCUGAAUGUUACUUCAGAUGGUGUAACCAUUCGACAAAUGACACCUUGAAACUAGAAAAUCAAGGCUUCUUUUUCUAUUUUCCAGGGUGCAUGGGAGCUAUUGUCUAUGAUGUGUUGAUGAUUUUAUCUGCAUGCAUGCAGAUUUAUAUAUAGAUAGAUGUCACUGUGAACCGACACCGUGCUUUCAUUGUGCACCUCCACCCAGAUAUGGAACCUUCAUAGUUUGCCUUACAUUACCACCAUUGUUCUAGAAGAUGAUUUUCGUUGUGAUUUAACAAAAAAAAACCCUAGCUCUUGCUUGGGAUGAAGUAACAUUGCCACAAUGUUUGACAGGGAAAAGCACUCUGGCAUGCACAGUGGGUAGAGAUCUACAUUCUAGAGGAAAGCUUUCUUACAUACUUGAUGGAGACAAUCUUAGACAUGGACUGAACAAAGACCUUGGUUUUAAAGCAGAAGAUCGUGCAGAAAAUAUUCGCAGAGUUGGUAAGUGUCAUCCUCUUGCUUAGCAAUUUAGGUGCACGCAAUAUUCAGGAGAAAGCUCAGUUCAUGAUCCUUUGGUACGUAUUGUUUUUUCUGGAGGGUUGGUCGGCCAUCUGUUUCAUGGAACAAGCAAUAAAUACUGGAGGGAGAAAGUAUUUUUUCUUUUUCACUUUCUACAGUUUUAGUAUCAUAAACUGGACAAAAACUCCAUAUUGCCCAGGUGCAUCACGUAGGAAUCAAGGCAGUUCCUCACUCAUUGUUGGGGCCGAAUUUAUUCAAUUCCGAAUUCUUUUACAUCCGCGCUCAUGCAAUUAAUCUGAUUGCCAGAUAGAGAUUUUAGAAUAUGACUACUUCAAAUCAUAAAGAGAACGUUCUGCCAAUUGAAUAAUUAACCAUAAUAAUUGGAAUUGUGAGGUACACAGAUGGCAUAUAGUUAGCACGUAGGCAGUGAUUAAUAAUAUAAAAUAUUUAUUAGAGGUUUCCACUGCUCAACACAUGAGAUGAAAUGAACCUAGGCGCAUUAGGUCAACAUGAAGAAUGAAAGUUGAGAAAAGAAAAGAUAAUAAGAUGGCAAAAAAGAAGGAUGGAGCAGAAAAACUCUCGGCACCUUGUUGCUGUCAUUGACUUACACUGAUUGAAUUUUCAUGUUUCAUUCCAUUUAUCUCAUCCAAGGGGAAGUGGCAAAGCUGUUUGCGGACGCAGGUCUGAUUUGUAUCACUAGCUUGAUAUCUCCAUAUAGAAGAGAUCGUGAGGCUUGUCGAGCUCUUUUUUCUGAUGCAAGCUUUAUUGAGGUGAGUUUGGCGGCUAUAGCAUUUGUCUGAUGGUGAGGUUAAAGAAAAUUUUCUGCUUCACUUGUGUUUUGGUUCUUUCUCUUUAGAUUUUCAUGAACAUGCCUCUGGAAUUGUGUGAAGCGAGGGAUCCUAAAGGUCUGUACAAACUUGCGCGUGCUGGAGUGAUUAAAGGUGUGUUGUACUGACUUCAACUAAUUAGAAAGCUGACGUCAGUUGCUUCUUAGAGCCACCCCUGAAGAUGCCCACAUCGUAAUACACAUAUAUGGACCUCCUAUAGUUAUUCCUGUCCACACAAAAAAAAUGGCACACAUAUUUAUGACAGAUGACUGAAUUGUAUUUUAGAUCGUCCUAAACUACGUAAUAUUGGAGUAGCCUAGUCGUGCAUUCUGAUAGAGAACUUGUGAACCUGUUAGUUUUAGGGAUCCUGCAACUAUGUAGUUAGUGAAAAUGGUUCGAAGCAGAAAAGUAAGGCAGAUGGAAGUUGUGGAAAAAGAAAUAGCACUUUGAUGAAAGAAAUACAGGCUUCGUGUCCGGUGGAAACCCAUUGAGGAAGCUGUUUGCUGAAUCAAUGAAUCGCCACUUGACAACCAAUGCCAUUUUUAUAGAGGUUUUGGAUUUGUAGCUUAUUUUUUGGCUAAUAUCUUCAAAUCAUUAGUUUUCUUUAACUAACCUAUCAUCCCUAGAACUCGAGAAUUCUUCAGUGUUCCUAGGAUAACUUGCAUCACACUCAAAUAUCGAUGCACUCUAUAAUGUCUUUCCCCUUACGAUUCAUAUUUUCUUGCAGGUUUUACUGGUAUUGAUGAUCCAUAUGAGCCCCCUCUCGAUUCCGAGGUAGAUUAGUCUGCAUUAAUCAACUGCUUCCUUUGGAUUGAUGUGAAUACGUGGAGAUAGAUGUCUUCUCUGGAUACACUGUUUCAUUUAACAUUGCAUUCCUCUCCUUACAGUUGUUUGGGGCAAUGCUUUUGACUUUUCAGAUUAGUUUUCUUGACUAUUUUCUAUGGUUUUGCCAACCUGUUGAGACUCAUACGAUUCGAGUCCUUUGUUUAUAGUACCAAUCCUCGCUAUGCAUCAGGAUUAGUUGAGUUUCAUAGCUAAAGCUUUCUCGAAUGAAACAUAUAAAUGUUCCACGGUUUAUUAUGGGGUUUUAUUAUGAGCAUUUUCCCCAAUAAUUUCAAAUUAGAUUAAAAAAAUAUCAAUCUUGAUUUCAUGAGAAUGGGCAAGUUGAAACUUGGGCAGAUCUAAGAGGAACCACAUGAGAAGCCAGAACAUCUUAGCGGUGUUCGAGACUACAACUGCCUGGAUCCUACUGUGUCAAGAACCAUCAUAUUUAGCUUGCAAUGGACGGCUGAACAUCUGUUAGCAAUCCGAACAGAAACGAUUCCAAAAACUUCAACAAUUUUCUGAAGAUGUGAAAUAUGUCGGUUUCCAUAUCACCGUUUUGCUCUAUUUUUGUUGAUUCGGUUCCUUCUAAGGGAACGAUUUUUAUUUUUAUUUUUGCAGAUAGAAAUAGGACUGAAAGAUGGAAUCUGCCCCCCUCCUAGCGAGAUGGCUGGGGUAGUGGUCUCGUACUUAGAGGAGAAUGGCUUUCUCCACGAGUAA